AUGGGCUCCAACGGUCCCAACGGUCAGCACGCCAAUGGCAAACUCUCGAGCACAAAUCGCGCUGCUACCACCGAAGCUGCCCUUCUGGCCGAAAACAACUUUUCCGCCAAGAAUUAUCAGUCGCUUCCCAUUGUAUUUUCCCGUGCUCAGGGAGCCUCCGUCUGGGAUCCUGAGGGAAAACAUUAUCUCGACUUCCACUCUGCUUCCACUGCCCUCAACCAUGGCCAUUGCCACCCAAAGCUCGUCGCUGCACUUGUCGAGCAGGCAUCACGACUAACCCUCACCUCCCGUGCCUUUCACAACGAUGUAUACCCUCAAUUCGCCGAGAUGAUGACCAAACUCUUUGGAUACGAUAGGGUUCUGCCCUCCAGCACUGGUGCGGAAGCUUCCGAAACUGCUAUCAAGGUUGCUCGAAAAUGGGCGUAUAAGAUCAAGGGGGUUCCUCAGGACCAAGCCAUUGUUCUCGGUGCGGCGGGCAACCAUCACGGACGAACAUUGGCCUCGAUUUCCUUGGCCUCUGAUGAUAUGUCACGGGAGAAUUACGGCCCAUUGAUUCCUAACGUUAGCUGCUCCAUUCCUGGAACUGAUAAGCUGAUCAAGUAUAAUGAUAAAGCUGCAUUACGAGAGGCUUUUGAGGCAGCAGGCUUCAACCUGGCUGCCUUUGUAAUUGAACCUAUACAAGGCGAUGCAGGUGUUAUUGUGGCCGAUGACGAUUACCUCCAGGAGGCCAGAGCCCUCUGUGACGAGCAUAACGUUUUGUUGGUUUGCGAUGAGAUCCAGACCGGUAUUGCUCGGACUGGAAAGUUGCUCGGUCACUACUGGAGCGGAAUCAAGCCUGACAUGGUGCUUCUGGGAAAGACUAUGACUGGUGGCAUGUACCCUGUUUCCUGUGUUCUGGGUAACAACGAAGUGAUGCUCACCGUUGAGCCUGGAACCCAUGGAUCGACCUACGGAGGUAAUCCCCUCGGUGCGGCAGUCGCCAUGCGUGCGCUUCAAGUUGUCGAGGAAGAACAUUUGAUUGAGCGUGCUGAGCACCUUGGUAAUGUUCUACGUGACGGUCUGAGGGCUAUCCAGGCCCAAAGCCCCAUGAUUGAAACAGUGCGUGGUAGGGGGUUGCUAAAUGCUUUUGUCAUCGAUCAGUCCAAAACCAAUGGACAUACGGGUAUAGAGCUAUGCGAGCUCAUGAAAAAGAAGGGACUUUUGCUCAAAUCCAGCCGAACAGGUGUCAUCCGCAUUGCCCCUCCCCUCGUCGUCACCGAUGAAGAGCUCGAGCGAGGUCUCGACAUUAUUAAGCAAUCCAUACAAGAGCUCCCUAGUCUCCCCAAGUCUACAUAG